AGUAUAUUAAUAAAAUGUCACAGAGGUUAUUUUAGGGAUAACAGAAAAUGACUCAUUAAGGGAAUCAACCGAUCAGACCCUUCUUCCAUGAACCAAGAGAGCGGACGAUGUCACCUUCACCUCCGUCAGAUGACGUUAUUGCUGCCUUCGCCUCCAUCAAAUCAACUUCUCUCCUAUUCUUUACUGACUCUCCUAAUCAUCUGCCUCCCUCCACCCUCUAAUAGCCUGCCCUCCCUCAUUAAAUCAAACUCCGAUGAUGGGAUCCAUAUGACUAGCAAUCAAAUACAAUGAUUUGUUGAGGAGUUCUAGGGCGGAGAUGAUGCAUCAAUUUCAAAUAUUGAGCGUAUACCGGAGCAGGUUCUUCACAAAAGGCAUCCGGUUACUGAAACAAUUCACUAACUUCGAUCUCUACACAAAUUCUAUCAACGAAAUUGAAUUCACAAUCAUAGAAACCUCAUCCAUUUAAAAUGUGAGGUCUUUGGUAAGCAAGGCUAAAUCAGAGCUUACAUUUAAUGUAUCUGCAACAAGUUAAAGCCCUAAAUUUGCUUGUAGCAACUCUGUGCCUCCACUUUCACCAAGAAGCCCUUCUGGUUCGCCACAUGUCACAAAACAAAGGGCGGGCCCCUCUGUUUUAAGUUCUCCUUUGAAAGUAGUUAGCGAGCUAGUCAGAGAGUUCAUACCUCAGUUUUAAGUGUAUAUAUGUGGAUGGCAAUGGGGUGCUGACUAGGAAUGAAUUACAAUUCUUCUAUGAAGAAGAGUUUCAUAGGAUGGAAUGCAUGGAUCAAGAGCUUGUUCUUUUUUAGGACAUUUUAUGUCAAAUAAUUGACAUGAUUAAACCACAGGAAGAGGCUUAUUUUACAUUACAAGACUUGAAAGGAAGCAAGCUCUCUGGAAGCACUUUCAAUAUCCUCUUUAACCUUAAUAAGUUCAUGACCUUUGAAUCCCGUGACCCUUUUCUUAUUUGCCAGGAAGAGGCUUAUUUUACAUUACAAGACUUGAAAGGAAGCAAGCUCUCUGGAAGAACUUUCAAUAUCCUCUUUAACCUUAAUAAGUUCAUGGCCUUUGAAUCCCGUGACCCCUUUCUCAUUUGCCAGGAAUGUGAGAAUCCAACAUUGACUGAAUGGGAUCGGCUUGCAUACCGGGAAUAUAUAAGGCUUUCAAUGGAGGAAGAUGUAGAUAAUGCAUCUAAUGGUAGUGGGGAUAUAUGGGAUGAGUCUCUUGAGGCUCCAUUUUGAUUUCAAUUCAAAACACUACUACUCAUUCAGAUUUUGAAAAAUUUGUGGAGAAUAUUGAAGAAGUAAAAAGCGAUAAAGUGGAGAAAAUACGGAAAUCUUGAUAUGAAGAAAUGACAUCACCGUGAAUCUUCAUAACAUUUUAUAUUUUUUAUAUUUUAUUUUGUAUUGAAUAAAAUACUUGUACUAUUAUAAUUAUAAAUUUAUUAAUAAAAAUGGGAU